UUCUGUGUGUUCUCUUCCUUCUAUUAAAUUAGUUCUGUUUCUUGGUAGUCUGUGCCUUAACAAAAAUCCACGUAGAAUUGUUUAUUCGUACCCAAUCCUUCAACUUUUUGUAGUUUAAAACUAAUUCUGUUGUAAAAUAAUAUACUGCUUGCUAUUAGAAGAAUUACUUUUUGUUAUUACGAUGUCCUCUUCAUCUGCGAACGCGACUUUACCCCAUUACUACAUGUCCACUUGCGAUUCCUACUUCUAAAAAUCAUAGACUUAUGAAUUCCUCAACAAGAAAUGGAAAGCCUCUUGAAAUAUCCUGCGUAUGAAUGGGAACUUCUACAGAAUACACAUUACCAAAGGAUAAACCUUGGGAAUACAGUGUGGGAUUCUAUUGAUCCAGUCGCCUUUUUAACGGCAGCUGCCCCGUGUGGAGGAGCAAUAGCUUUAACACGUUCGGAAUCAAAUAUUCAUAAGAAUUUUAAAUAUGAGGAAAUACCGUUGUAUUCCAUAUGCAUAUACACUUUGACAGGGAGACAUUUGCAAACACUAACGUGGGAUAAAGUAUCUAUUGCUGGAAUGGGCUGGAAUGAUAAUGAAGAACUAAUUGUUUUGUCGAAACAAGGUCAAGUCCGCACGUACAAUCUUCUAGGCGAAUUCCAUCAGUAUUCUAUUGGAAAAGGAAUUGAAAAGAUUGGAGUCAAAGAAUGCAGGUUUUCUUCAGGUGCCAUAUUUGUUCGUUUGCAAGAUGAUUCUUUUAUUUCUCUGUCAGGUCUUGACGAACCGAGAAGAAAAAACUUUGCAAAUAUUCCUAUUGAGUUGGUGAACAAUGCAAAAAUUAUUUCCUGGAAUUUAAUUCCUAACCAGUUCUCCCUUGAUUUGGGCUAUGAUGUGUUGGUCAACAUUGGUAAUCGAAUCCUUCAAAUUGAUGAGCAAGAUGUUCAGGUUCAUGAUAUUCCAUCUUCAGGAGUGAUUAUCCAAUUUUCUGUAUCUCCGAAUUCCAGAUACAUAGCUCUUUACGAAGAAAAAGGGAAACUUCGCGUCAUUUCAUCCGAUUUUACAAAAAUUCUCUUGGAUUACCAACUGCCAGAUACAAUUUCUGAAGCUGUUCUAAAACAAAUGACUUGGUGUAGUAAUGAUGCUGUUGUUCUCGUUCAUGAUAACCUUUUGACCCUCGUUGGCCCUUUCGGAGGCUCCGUUCCGUAUCUUUAUGAUCAUACUCCCAUUGUGUUUUCCGAAAUUGAUGGUGUAAGAGUCUUGAAUAAAGAGAAAUGUGAGUUUUUGCAAAGAGUUCCUUCGUCAUUGGAAAAGGUUUUUGAGAUGCAAUCAAGAAGCCCAGCUACCAGACUAGUAGAAGCUUCUCAAAAAAUGAAAGCAAAAUCAGUCUUUGCAGAAAAGCUACUUUUGGAAAUGGAAAAUGACAUGCAUGUGGCUGUUGAUACUUGUACGCAAGCUGCUUUACACGAAUUUUCCAUAGAAUGGCAAAAAGAGUUACUAGAAGCUGCCUGUUUAGGAAAAAACACACUGACAGCCUUUAACCAUCAAGAGUUUGCUGACACAUGCAGAGAAGUACGCGUUUUAAAUUCGGUUCGUUCUACAAACAUAGGUAUUUACAUUACGCACGAUCAACUUGAAUACCUAGGUUUUGAACAGCUUAUUCGAAGAAUUUCCAAGAGAAAGCAAUAUGGGGUUGCAAUACAGACUGCCCAAUAUUUGAGCCUACCAUGCGACUGGGUUUAUAUUGAAUGGGCCCAGACGUAUCUCAAACAGUCAAACGAACCGGAAGAUGUCGUAUUGAAUAAUAUAGUUGAAAGACUCUCCAAAAGAAAAUUUAUCUCUUACGAAAAAAUUGCUCGCACUGCAUAUGAAGAAGGAAGGAUCAUGUUGUCUACUAAGCUCCUCGACUUUGAACCGCUUGCCAGUCAUCAAGUUAUGUUGCUGCUGAAUAUGGAGAGUUAUGAACAAGCUAUGAGUAGGGUCAUUGAAACAUCUGAUUAUGAACUGAUUCUGUACGUUAUACUUCAAAUAAAGCAACAGAUGUCCAUCGCCUCCUUUUUUCAAUUAUUAAAUUCCCAUCCCGAUGCUGCUAACGUCUACGUGAAAUUCGCAAAGCGGAAUGAUAGAAAAACACUUCAUGACUUUUUUUACCAAGAUGAUGACCGUAAAGGCUUAGCCAUUCUUGCUAUCGAAGAUACUUUGAGUGCUAAUACUAUAAAUAAACGUAUCACCUCUUUACAAACAGCUUCGAAGGUAUGCCAUGAUUCGAAAGAAUUCUCAUUGGAAAGCAAGUUAUUAGACGAACAAGUCAGACUCUUGCAAUUAGAAGAAUCUUAUGAAAACCAGCUUGCAAGUAACUUCGUAGGACUUACGAUCAACGAAUUAAUUGUUAAGCUUAUAGAACUGAAUCAAAACCAAAAAGCUUCAAAGAUACGAUCAGAGUUUGCUGUUCCCGAAAAAAGAUUUUCUUGGCUUAAAUUGCGCGCUCUUGUAGCAAUAAGAGACUGGCUUCAAAUUGAGCAAUGGGCUGCGUCUUUACGUAGAUCGCCGAUCGGGUUUGAACCUUUUGUGAAUGAAAUUCUGAGUGCUGGAAACAAAAGGGAAGCGGCGAAAUAUAUACCUCGUUGCACACAAUUAUCAACUCAGGAGAAGGUUGAUCUUUGGAUACAAGUGGGUGAUGUAAAAGGCGCUAGCGAGGAAGCCGCAAAAGCAAAAAGUGGUAAUCUACUUGGAGAACUUCUAGAACGAGUUCAAAACAUGCCGGAAAGUCGACUUGUCCAAAAUGCGCUUGGUCAAUUACGACGCUAAUGAAACAACCAAAGCACGAACAUUAUGCAUCAGAAAAUAUGACUUAAUUAUUCUGAUAAAAAGUACUGAAUCUUCUUUAUUUAUUUAGUUGAUUAAAUGAAUAAAAUCAUGACCAUCCAUAAAACUUCUGCUUUGGUUACACGUAAAC